AUGGCCAACUCAUACUACGUUCCCAAGGGCGGUCUGCCACCCCAGACAGACCUCACGACCGAGCGCGCCGUUUUCACCGAGGCGUACGCCGUCAUCCCUCGCCGCGUGAUGAGCGAUAUUGUCACCUCAAUCCUCCCCCACUGGCCCAAGACCCGGUUGUGGGUCAUCGCCCGCCCCCUCUCGGGCUUUGCCGAGACUUUCUCGCAGUACAUUGUUGAGGUGCAGCCCGGAGGCGGCAGUGACAAGCCCGAACCCGACGCCGGUGCUGAGGGCGUCAUCUUCGUCGUUGGCGGCGAGAUCGUCCUCAACCUCGACGGCAAGGAGCACAACAUGGCAGCUGGGGGAUACGCGUUCCUCGCCCCAGGAGCCAAGUGGACUCUGAAAAACAAAGGUUCAGAGAACGCGACGUUCCACUGGAUCCGCAAGCGGUACCAGAAGGCCGAGGGUGUUGACCUCCCCGAGUCGUUCGUGACCAACGAGAGCGAGAUCAAGAUGGCCGCUAUGCCAGACACCGACGGCGCGUGGUGCACCCAGCGAUUUGUCGACACAACCGACGUCCGCCACGACAUGCACGUCACCAUUGUCACUUUCCAGCCGGGCGGAUCAAUCCCGUUCCCCGAGACACAUGUCAUGGAACACGGCCUCUACGUCCUCGAAGGUAAGGCCAUGUACCUCCUCAACAAGGACUGGGUCGAGGUUCAGGCCGGCGACUUUAUGUGGCUCCGCGCCUUCUGCCCCCAGGCGUGCUACGCUGGCGGACCGACCCGCUUCCGUUACCUCCUCUACAAGGACGUCAACCGCCAUGUCGGCCUGACCCUCUAA